AUGUGUAUGUCAAACAAUUACCACAUGACAAACGAACAUCGAAAACGACAUAGCUGUCGGCAUGAACAUAAUAAUGUAACAAAUUACGAUGGUAGUGCUCAGAAUAGUAAACAAACCCCAUCUCCAAAACGAUGUGUAACUAAAUCGAAAAGAAUUCAUGGGAAAAGACGGCAAAUGAGAAGAGAAAAAUCGAUAGUACAUGAACUACAAUAUUUCAAGAGAAAAAAGCAAUUGAAACAGCAGCAACAGAAACAUAGUUUACAAAAUGACGAAACCGAGGAGGCCAUGGCUAUCAAACAGAAGAUGGAAGUUCAACAACAGCAAACAAAUUAUGAAGUACACAACGCAGUUACAGCAGAAAUGAUUGAAAUUCAGCCUCGUGGCAAUAUCAGAGACAAUCAUUAUACAACAAGCCCUACUUCCAUCACAUCUAUUCCCUCUCCCGUCGGACUAAAAGCCAAACAACAUGAUGUACAAAUUGAAUAUCCAUCCAGCGCUUGUUCUAGAUCCAUUUCAAAAGUAUCAUUAAAUAACAAUAAUGUACUAUGCCUUCUAAUCAAUUCUGUAUUUGAUGAUGACGGCACACAAAUUAUCGAAAAUGCUCGUCAAUCAUUGGUACAAUGUGGUUUAAUGAUCAAUAAUGCACAAAUAUUGAACAUCGGAGAAUUAAUUGAUAUUGUGAAAACAUUUGUGAAAGAUGACCAAAUGAAAAAUUCAAGAGAACAAGCGACAAUGACUGAAAUGGACUAUUAUCAGGAGGAAAAGACAUUGGAAAAAAAUGUUAGUAAAACACAUGCUGGUCAUUGUCGUUCAACGUCCUGUUAUAGUUCUUGUCUAUCUCAUAUGGCAGAGAAUGAGCGGCGUCUGAAAGCUUUGGAAUUUAUACGUGCAUUUAUCGAAAAGACAAAAGAUGAAUUUUAUGAUUAUUUACGAGAUGAGCAAGGUAUCUGUGAGAAGAAGAGUACAAAUAUUUAUAAAAUGAUUAAACAAUUACUCAAAGAUAGUUAUGAACAACAACAUAUUAAACAAACACGAUCGACUUUACAUAGAUGCCCUUAA